AUAAAACUCUCAGAGUAAGAGGUACGCGUCAUUUUGCUGAUCCUAGUGUUCGCGCGACUAGCUGAGAGCGAGCACGCGCUUGCCCCACGAUUACCGAUAAAUUAAAAAAAAAAGCCCGCCAAAUUUUGACGUGAACAUUCCGAAAUCGAGUUUUAAAAUUUCGACACGAAACAGUUUCGUUCAGUAUUUUGUUACCUGUGGACAUUUAAAUUUCGAAGGAAAAUAAACAGUUUUUUAACGAUUACGUGAAGGCGUAAACGAGGACAAUAAAGGUAAACGUGGUGCUCGUGUCAGAUAGGAAGCAGUGAAAUAAAGUGGCAGUGCAGUGUGCUCUCCGUUGCAAACAUGAGAAGACGCUCGCGAACCUGACUGUAUUAAAUAAAAAUGAAAGUGCAACAGUGCAUCAACAUUUAAGUUGACAUUUAAAGCAUGUCAAGUAAACACUGAACUAUGGCUCUGACGAACUUCACGGUGGCAGGGAUUGCCGGCGCGACGCCCGCGCUCACAGCCACGCCACCUACUCCAUUACGUGUCAAUCUAGAUGAUCUCCUCUACUCCCCUGAAGAACAUCAGGCGGAAUAUGCCCCGAACUACGCUGGCAACGAGCCCUUCCUACCACCCCCUGAUAUACAACAACCCAAAAGAUCAAAAGUUAGAAAACGUGCUGGCACUGCGUAUUUACCCCCACCUAAUCAAUUCACCCACUACCCAAGACAGGAUAACUUCCCUCAAAAUCCCUUUAAUAGUCCACUAAAUCCCCAAGUUUAUCAACAGCAUACAAGACUUGAUUUACAACCAGAGAAUCAGAGGGUUCAAGAAAUUAACACACAAUACGGUAAUACGGGGCAAUAUGUUCACGAUCCGACUGGGGACUAUGAUUAUGAACAGAGGAGAAAUGAUAAAACUCGACCACCUUACAACCCAGGGUACGCGGAUAAUCCUUAUGGACCAGCAACCACGCCCGGUCCGCCAUCUAGUCGAAGGUUUGGUGCAGAUCAAAGCCAUUUAAAUCGUCCUACGACAUCGCCGUUGCAAAGUGUGACGCGAAAGCAAAAUGAGGCUGGAACUAAGACUAGUAGUAGUGGUAGUAAUACACCCCCUGAUCGUCCUCGUGGCUUUACCAAAGUUGAAACAGGAAGCUCAGGCGGCAAGACACAACUACAUGCAAUUCUAGACUACGAUGAUGAUUAUUACGAAGAUGUUCCUGGAUCAGAUUCUGGUCAGACCGCGGUGACGCCUCUGCAAGGUCCCAUAUUGCUGCGCAAUGGGAGCGUGCCCGUCGUGCCCUUAACUUCCUACCCCACGGUCAACAACGGCUCUUUUUACCAAAUACCAAUCUUGUGGACUGCCCUGUCUCUGGCCUUGGGAUACGAGCUGCAAGGUCAAAUAAUCCGAGGAGUGCCGUGCGUCAAGCGUAACUUUCAACUCUAUUGUCCAACCGCCGGCAACACUUAUCCUUUAGACAAGAUCGAGACGUUUAUAGACGAGAACAAAGCGCUAAUAAAGCGCAUGUAUGGUUCUUUCACGAUACCUGGAGGGAAUAGAGUGAGAAGAGCGCCUGGUGUGCCUGACAUGCAUUCCGGCGAUUCGUACUUCCGUCACGUGAGACAGGCGUCCAAGCAACCGAAUCUGCCAGAUGCGCAAGCUGUUAAUAGCACUGGACGGAUAGACGCGUGCGAGAGUAAGACGGAGAUCAUGACGCCGUACUGGGCGCUGAACUCUGCGAGGAAGCUGCGGGCGAUAGUCAACACUAUGCACUUCGAACAGGCUAUACACCAAGAAGUUUGCAGCAAAAAAUCAACAUCAAGAUGCUCCGGGGACUGUGGCUGUGAACAGAAGUACAAAUGGCAUAGGUUACUGGCCUAUGACCCGAGCGACGAUUGCGCGGGAAUUUUUAUGGAUUGGUUCUUGUUUCCGUCUUGUUGCGUUUGUAGGUGUAAGCCAUAGAAAAAAUUGAAUUGUACAAAUUGUAUGAAAUGGAAUUAAAAAGAACCAGGUCAUUGUUAUUUUUUUCAAGCGUUUAAAGUUUUUGGUCAGCUUUACAAUCUCGUCGAUAUCUUGAUGUAUGUGACUGUGCCUAUCGGUUGUACCUUGUAAGUUGCAUCUAUCAUUAUUACAAUCGCAAUUGUUGUGAUUGACUGAAUUUAUGGUAUUCUUGUUGCAACAAUGCAUUGUAGCCAAUAGUGAGCGAGUGCCAGCCAGUCAAAGGUGAUUGCGAUCAUGACACUGUAGCUAUCAUUUUACCGUAAUUGAGCCGCAGAUUGCGAUGCACGACGGCGACAUACGGCAUGAAUUUUUGCUGUUUUAAAACAAAAAUUUGCGUUCGCUGCGCUCUUGAUUGCUAUCUUACUGUCAAUUCGAAAGGUAAAAUUAUGAAAAAUUCCACUGACCACUGGGAUCUGUUUCUACAUAAUAUAAAGAGCAGAGAGCAAGUGUAAGUCCCAAUAGUCGCGUAGCUAAAAUCCUACCUUAAUUAAUUAUUAUAAUAAGACCUUGAACCGUCAAAAGAGAAACUAAAUCUGUUUUAUUUAUAGUAGGUACUUACCUACCUAUUUGAGUACAUAAAAAUAUUUUCAUUAAUUUUUUUGUACUUAAAGUUUAUGAUGCUAUUAAAUAGAUAUUUAACGUGUUAAGAUCUAGAAACGCCUUUGUACCUACCUGUAGGUAACUUUAAUAGCUAGGUAACCCUAGCUUUAGUUAAAUAUGGACGCUGUUCUAAAUCUAAAGAAUGAUGUACUUACUUUAUUGUUUACUACAGCAACACUGCCAUCAUAUUUGUAAAUUUUAUAUUUUUUUUAGGAACGCGAUAUAGAAAUCUUCCUCAUUCAGUCAUUGUACAGGAAUUUCUAGUACAUAAAGAAAACUUGUAAAUAGACAAAAAAAUGAGAAAUUUAAGUGAUUUAAAAGUGUAUGAAAGAAGCUUUAAUAAAUAGCAUAUUUUAGAGAAAAUUCACUAAAGAAAGGCACAUUACAUUUUUGAAAUUGUAACAAAAAUUUUAAUGAAUGUUUCAGAUAGAUAUAGAGCACCUUAAUAAAAUAGUUGACUUUUGUAAACGGGCUCCGCGUCAGGUGCCAAUUGUAAAUCCGGACUAUCUCCGAGUAGAUACUAGAUACUAAGUAAAAUCCUGGAAGGUAACGCCAAGCACGACAGAUAGUAAUCGAUACAGAAGGAUGUUCACAAAAAAGUUUAUGUAGAUACAGAAAGUUUAUAUGCAAGAGUCACAGAUAAAGUCUUAUUGGUUUCACUUUCAAAAAUAAAAGCCUCAUUGGUUUCACUUUCACUUGUGUAAGAUGGGGACGUUCACUUUUACUCCCGGUGACUUAAGAAUUGAUCUCUGACAUGACUGGCGUUACUCUCCCCUGCUCUACCUGAUAUCUACCCAAGACUAGCCUUGGCUUACAAAGAGUCAUUUUACACUAUUUGUAUUAAGUUUUGCCUAUUUGCAAAUACUGUAAAUGUAGGUACACCUAUUUGAUCAAUUAAAACAUUUUUGUCUUCUGUACUAUAAAAAUAGCAUAUAUACUUAGUUCAUAUUCCACAACUUAUUGUUCAAAUAGGUAGCCAAAAUAUUGUAGUACCAUUGUCUCAAGGACUAGGACUAUAAAUUAUUUUCAAUAGGUAACAAAACUGUACAGUAAUAAAUAAUGAUGGAUUAGUGAAAUAGAUACCUACAACCCCUACUUAAUUAGUUCAUUGAGUUAAGUAUCAUGUCUGUCUAUAAAAUAGGUACCUACUGUUUUAAUAUUACUUGUAGGUAAGUAGAUUUUGUACUUAUUUUACUACCUACUUAUUCUUAAGUUAGUAGCUGUAACAUAAUAUGCAUAACUUUUCCUGUAAUCUUUAUUAUAGUUAUAAUAAUAAUUAUAGACAUGAAAUAUGA